CUCCAUGUUUUGGUGUUACGCUAUAAACUGUCCGGCGGAUGAUUGCUUAUUGUGGCUCGUCGUUAUCUGAUCGCGUCGUGCGCUUACAUAUGUUUUAUCAAAUUUAAUUGUAUGUUUGAACAAGGGUCAUUUCAGUUUAAAAAAAUAGGCCAUGUAAUCUUGUAAACCAAAUAGAUUGCCAUAAUGGGUGCAUUUCACUGCGCCGUAUGCAGACAGACAUUCUUCUGUGGAAAGAAGCACAUCUUCGGGAAGAGCCACCAAAGCCGACUGAAAGUUGUGAUCCUCAAAUUCAUAGAGAAGGUGAAGGAGGCCAGACAAACGAUUAAGAGCCCCCAGGUGGAGAGGUUUGAUGGGACUAAGCAUGGAGGGACCUUCUGGUGUUACUGUUGUGGAAUUGAAAUGGAGAGAAACGUCACCGACGGCAACGUGGUUGUUUUACACGGGGGCUUGUUGGAGCACAUGGCUACACCCGAACACAAGAAGAACACCCAGAGGUUUUGGUGGGAGUACAAGGCCGAACCUAAACUUAUGGAUAAGGUCCUCAUCACAACCGAGGCCACUGAGAGAUUUAAAGCGGAGGUGGAUAAAGCGUUGGCCUCUUAUGUGGAGAAGGAGGAUACAGUCCUUCUACAGCAUACACAUAUGAUCCAGUGCCAGGAGAGGCAUCGCCUGGAGGUUCUUCAGUCCUUUACAGAGCCUGAGGUUGAGCAGGAGCUGUCGAACGGAGGUCCGAGUCAAGGGACGCCUGUGGAGGAGGCUGCUAGACCUCUGGGAUCAAAGGAGCGCGCCAGGCCCAGCUGGGUUAAAGCAAAGGCUGAUGGGGCGGGACCAGGGAAAGGCCUGACGUUCAUUGGUCAUCAGGAUCCUUCAAACGAUGGAAAUGUUCACACAGGGGCCCUCCCCCCAUGGCUUCAAAGUGAUCCACUAAAGGAGGGUUCAGAAGGAGCAGAGGUCGGCCCAAGCCUCCAAGACUUCCUCAAGCACAAAGAGCAGGAGAAGGUUAAGAAGCUUCCUCCUAACCGAGUGGGAGCUAACUUUGACCACAGCUCCCAGACCAACGCAGACUGGCUGCCGUCGUUUGGCCGCGUGUGGAACAGUGGGAGGCGAUGGCAGUCGAGGAACCAAUUUAGAGAAGAAGAAGGUAAAAAGAAGAGAGAAAAGCAGGGAGAAUCCGGGGACUCGAAGAGAAUGAGGCCCAAUCCAUAACAGCAAAGCUUAUAACCAUUGGCCCGCCUUGAGGACGUCCAUACACUCCACGAUAUGGAUAUGUGUAUAGGUUCUACAGUUUUAAUUAUUUUACAGCAGAACUCCUGCAGACUUAACUUAACUAACUUAAUUUUACUAGUAGAUUCAGUGGAAUAAAGUGAUUGGAAAUCUGCUCAUCGUCUGCUUUUUUGGGGAGGGGACCGAAUAGUAUGAAGAACAACUAAUGCCUCAUUUUUAUGUUUGCAGUUCUAGCUAAGAUUGUAGACAGCAUUGUGGCAAAUCUUAGAUAAUUAUUUUUGUAAAAGUAUUUCAUCCGUUUUUUAAACAGGUGAAACACAGCACCAGUUGCUGGAAUCUGUCGACAAGAUACAGCACACUUUGAUACUGGCUUAUCGUCAACCACGAUAUCUCAUUAAUGAGGCAAGCCAAUAUUGGUUUUCCCGAGCCGACUUUUUCCUAUUAUACAGAAGGAAAGCAAUGUGUGCAAUUUGAUGGCAUAACUACAUGUAUACUAUCUGUCUAGAAGGGGGUGCCAGAAGGAUCUGCGCUGGGACCUCAGGUGCUGAUAACCAUAUACAGCAGGGAUAUUGGGAAAGAUAUUUCAUGCUGAAGAUAGUUGAUAAUCUUUUUGCAGCCCUGGGGAAAUGGCAUCAGCUUUUCUUUAUUUUAAUAUCCACCACCAAGAAUAGGCUGAAUAAAGACAGUAGGCAUAAGCAGUGGUGUCACUAGGCUGCUUCAUUCAGGGCUAAAGCCCCAGAUAUUAUUUAAUUAACUCCGAAACUU